AUGGCGCUUGACGAAGAAAAUCUUCGUCCACAAGCCGCAAUGCGGGUCAAUGCCGAGGAAACCCUCACAGAUGGUGAUGAAAAUGGCAAGAAAUUGAGAUAUGCGGGGUCCGCUGCAGAUGCUCUAAUAAAACGGGUGCUCCCCAUUGUCAGCUCGAGGCAUCGCCCCACUCUACGCCAGAUCCACAGCGUUCUCUUCUUCCAGGAGAGGGGAACGACGGUGGAUGCUCAGUACCAGAUGGACGCCGACUACCGCGGGCGCGGGGCCUUAAGGAAGCCGAUCUUAGAGCAGGCGUCUUGUGAGAAUCGGGGCUCGGAAGCGCGGGAGCGCGAGCUGGCCAGUCACUGCUCUGAUAAGGCACUCAAAGUCAUCUUGUUCCUGCAGUUCCUGGAGGUCACUGCGUUCUACGGGGUGUACCUCAGCUUGAUCGUGUAUCUCCAAGACGUUCUCCAUGGCGACAGUGCUUCCAAUGUGGCGAGCGUGAACCUCUGGGCUGGAGUCAGCUUCUUCAUGCCUCUGCUCGGCGCCACCGUGGCUGACUCCUGCUGGGGAAAGUACACGACGGUGCUGAUCGGCUACUCCAUUGCUUGCGUGGGAAUGGCCAUGGUCACAACGUCAGCUACACUGCCGUCUCUGAGUCCGUCGCUGUGUGCGUACUGUGCACCGGCCACUCUCAUCCAGAAGCUGCUCUUCUUUUCCGGCAUAUACAUGUGCGGCGUCGGACUCGGCGGGGCCAAGGCUGUUUUCAUGUCAUUCGCGGCGGAGCAGUUCGAGGACAAGGACGAUGACGGCAAGAAAGCUCAGGCAUCCUACUUCGGCUGGUACUACGCGGUGGGCAACAUGGGCGUGCUCACCGCUGGGACACUGGUGGUUUGGGUCCAGGACAAGGUGAGCUGGGCGAUCGGCUAUGGCAUCUGCGGGUUGAUCGUGGCGGUCGCUGUCGUCGGCAUCGCCGCCACGGCGCCCAUGUACCGGAUGCUGCCUUCCAUGGGCAGCCCGUGGAAAGGAGUGCUCCAAGUGCUCUGCGCGCUAUCUCGCAAGGUAAAACUGAAGGUACCCGAUGAUGCCACCCAACUGUACGAGGAGGAGGAUGUCAAGAACCCGCUUCUGCAUCCUGUGCACGAACGACUGCAGCACACCGACCAGUUCAGGUUCUUGGACAAGGCUGCCAUUAUCACGGAUGAGGACCUGGAUCAGGACGGCAACCGGCCAUGGAGGCUGUGCACGGUGACGCGGGUGGAGGAGCUGAAGACCCUGCUGCGGCUGAUCCCGAUAUGGCUUACCUCGGCCGUGUACUUCGUCGCCAACACACAGGCGCAGACCACGUUCGUGCAGCAGGGCACCAAGACGGACUCCCAGAUCCCGGCCGCGUCGCUGACGUCCAUUGAAACGGUUUGUGCCGUCGCCUUCGUCACGCUCUACAACAGUAAGUUGACGAAGCCGGCCUGGCGCCUCACGGCGCUUCAGCUCAUGGGGCUCGGGCACGCGACGGCGGUCGUCGCGCCCCCAACAGCGGUGGCUGUGGCUGCGUGCACCGAGGCGCGCAGGCUGCGGAUGGCCGAGGAUCAUCAGCUUAUGGGGAUAGCGUUGCUGCUGCCGCAGUACGUGGUGAUGGCGGUCUCGGAUGCGUCCCUCUCCGUGGGGCAGCUGGACUUCUUCUACGACCAGUCGCCGGAGACGAUGAAGGGCGUGUCGACGGCGUUUUACUUCGUGGCCCUGUCGCUGGGAAAUCUGAUCAACUCGCAGCUAGUGAUUCUAGUCGCGUCCGUCACAGCGGCAGGAGGCGGGACCGGCUGGUUGCCACCGGAACUGGAUGAUGGGCACCUAGAUUACUACUUCGUGCUUGUUGUCGCCAUUACUGUGGUGAACUUUGCUGUUUUUUUGGCCCUCGCCAAGAACUACACGCCCAGGAGAGUCUAUUUGGCACUCAAUUCGUCAUAAGUGGAUUUUUCUUCCAAUCACAAAUUACACAUGUAU